GCCGCAUUUGCUCCCAUCACACUCCCACAUUUCUCUCUUCUUUCCCCAUCUCAUCUCAUCUUCUCCACAUUUUUCAAUUCUGUAAAAAUGUCGGAGCUGUGCCUGCCAAGGAAGACUUGGUUUUCCAGUCUUCUAAUCUCUGACUUGAAGCAAUUCUGUUCUUUCCUCCUCUCUCAACCUCUAUACUUGUCAUACUUUGUCUUCUUCUCCCCUUACCUCCUCAAAAUCAUCUCAUUUCUCUUCCCUCUUGUGUUCACCACUUCCCUUUUGCUCCUUGCCUUUCUCACCGUCUCUCCGGGCUUGAUCCGCAAGUUUUUGCCCCACAGCAAGGUUGGUCAUCUGCUCUCUGCUUGUCAUGCCGUGGUUGAGGAUGGAACCCAGGAGUGUUUUGAUUUGGAGGAUUUUGAAGCUUACAAGAUUGUGUUUGAGGGUCCUAUAAUGGAUGUUCAAGAAAGCCAAUCCCAAUUCUCAGAACAGAGUUUAGUGGAAAAUUCAAUGGAGAAGGAGGACAAGAAACUGGAAGAUUUUGUUCCAAAAGUUGAAUCCCCAACUUCAAGAGUCCCUUACACUCUGGUCCAACAGAGUAUUUGGGAGCAUCACGAUAAUUCAAUGACUCAACAGGUAAAGUUAAAUUUCAGUGUACCUUACCCUCCGGACAAACAAAGUAUUUGGAAGGAUAUAAAAAAGGUGACUCAGCAGGCAGAGUUAAAUGUCAGUAUGCCCUACACUCCGACGGAACAACACAUUUGGAAGGAUAUAAAUCAAGAUAAUUCAGUGGUUCAACAGACAGGGUUAAACACGGUUACACACAAAGAAUUGGUUGGGGAGUUGGAAAGCAUGGGUAGUGUGAAAGGCGAGAAGAAAGUGGAGGCACAAGGCGCCAAUGCCGAUAAAGUGGUUGAAAACCAAAAGGCGAGAAACGGAUCCGAGGACGAGGAGGCAAACGUCAACAAAACAAAAACAAAAACACCAAUCACAGGAAACGAUUCCCAGAGUCUAAAAGUGGAGAGUUCAAGAACACUGGAUUACAAUCUCGUGAGCAAUGGAUCCAUGAGAAAGGAAAAAGAGUGGAAAAGGACACUGGCGUGCAAGCUGUACGAGGAGCGAAACACUAGAGAUGGGAGCGGUGAAGGCAUGGAUUUGUUGUGGGAAACAUACGAAAUGGACGCCAUGAAGAGCAAAGUGGAGUCGAAGAAGAAGACAAAGAAAAGAUGGGAAAGCAAGAGAUAUAACAAAGUGGAUAGUGAGGAUGAAGAAGAGGAGGUGAAUGAUCAGCUGUGUUGUUUGCAGGCCCUCAAAUUCUCAGCUGGGAAGGUUAAUUUGGGAAUGGGAAUUGGAAAGCCUAAUCUUAUGAAGAUUUCAAAGGCCAUCAAAGGUUUUGGAUGGCUUCAUCAUGUUAGCAGCAAGCACAGCAAGAAGGUGCACAUUGAAGACAGAUUAUAAUAAUAAUCAAGUUUAAUUUUGGGUUCCUUCCAUCUUCAUCAUAUGCAUGUAUUUGCUUCCAACUAAAUCUCAACAAGUAUAUACAUUUAUAUUUAUAUUUAUAUAAUCAGCCCUUUUUCCACAUAA